CUUGUGGAAGCUUUUUCUGAGGGAUCAUUGCUGACCGGAGACAUUCUUCCUGAGAGAGAGAGAGAGAGAGAGAGAGAUGGUGAACCUCAUGGAAUGGCAGAAGCAGCAGCAGCAGCAGCAGAGCGGGAAUGCUAAUAAUGGAAACGGAGGAAUGAUGUACGUGAAGGUGAUGACCGAUGACCAGUUGGAAACUCUCAGGCAGCAAAUCGCUGUCUAUACCUCCAUUUGCGAGCAGCUCGUUGAGAUGCACAAGACUCUCACUGCUCAGCAGGAUCUUGCAGGGGUUCGGCUGGGAAAUAUAUACUGUGACCCAUUGAUGACUUCUGCUGGACACAAAAUAACUUCCCGACAGCGGUGGACUCCAACGCCCGUGCAACUUCAGAUUCUUGAGCGUAUAUUUGAUCAGGGGAACGGAACUCCAAGCAAGCAAAAGAUCAAGGAGAUUACUGCUGAACUGAGCCAGCAUGGCCAGAUUUCUGAAACAAAUGUCUAUAAUUGGUUCCAGAAUAGGCGUGCUCGAUCAAAAAGAAAGCAGCAAAAUGUGGCACCCAAUAACACUGAAUCUGAAGUAGAGACUGAAGCUGAAUCUUCCAAGGAUAAGAAAACAAAACCCGAGGAGUUUCAGUCCCAACAUAGUGCAUCAACCAGGGCUGAAGAUUUGUGCUUUCAGAAUCAUGAAGUCUGCUCUGAGUUGCACUACUUGAAUCCAGACUCCUGUAAACCAGAAUCCAUGUUUCCAUCAGAUGGCAGUCUGAAAAAUACAAGAAGUUUCGGCCAAAUGUCUGUUUUUGAUGGAAUGCUAUCAAACUCGAGGGAUGGAUAUAUCACUGGAAAAAUGCAAGUGCCCGGAAGCUACAAUUUAUACCAGCAAGCUGGAGACUACAGCAUGACGGGUUGACAUUCAUUGUAAAUUCUGACAACGAUUACUUGAAGCUGUAAAGAAUCCAGAGUGAGGUUGUUGGGCCUGUCUUGGAGUGGAACAUAAAUUCGUCCAAUGAAAAUCUGGAAACUUUUAGAAACCUUUAUUUAGAUUUGUUGUAUAAUAGCGGUGCUUAAACUUUGACUGGGGAAUGGCGUAUAGGUUUGACAUCAUAUUGUGAAGUUGGUUUUCUCGUUACGGACUAAAUACUGAAAUAUUGCAAGUAUCAUUUGCAUUUGUCUUUUGGGUAUUUUGCUGAAACAGAUGCAUUUAGAACGAUAGUUCUUUGAUCUUGUCAA